CAGAAGCUUCUAGUCCCGCUCACCCUUUUCCUCCGCCGUCUGAGUCUCGAAGCGAAGGCCACACGAACCAAGUGAGCCAACCCUCGUUUCCGUGCUCCGGCCAUGUCGAUCUCGUCGGCGCGCCAGCGCCGGUCCACGGCUGCGUCGCCGCUAACCGACGACGGGUACUCCAAGGAGGCCAAGGAGAGGAGGCGGCGCACCGACGGCGAGGAGGUGGAGGAGGGCAUGCGGUGGUUCCUCCCGUUCCUGGCCCUCGGCCUCCUCCGCCACAUGAGCGCGUCCUCCAACCUGAUCCACGACUGCGACGAGGUGUUCAACUACUGGGAGCCCCUCCACUUCCUCCUCUACCGCUUCGGCUUCCAGACCUGGGAGUACAGUUCCGACCAUGCUCUUAGGUCAUAUUUGUACCUUUUCAUUCAUGGUCUUGUAGCUGGUCCUGCUUCAUCAAUCUUUGGCGGUGAACAUAAGGUUCGUGUGUUUUACGCUGUGAGAAUCUUUCUUGGACUUCUAUCGACUAUAACAGAAACUGUUCUGGUAGUUGCUCUUUCAAGAAGAUAUGGAAAGAGACUUGCUUGUUAUGUCCUUGCAAUGCUAUGCUUAACCAGUGGCUGCUUCUUUGCUAGUACCAGUUUCUUGCCAAGUUCGUUCUCCAUGUAUGCUGUAACACUUUCAUCGGCACUCUUCCUUCUAGAGAAGUAUGCUUGUGCAGUCGCUGUUGCAGCUGCUGGAGUAAUUCUUGGCUGGCCUUUCUCGAUUUUGGUGUUUCUCCCUGUCACUGUUUACUCAUUAUUCAGGGGACAUUUUAAAAGGGUGUUUCUGUCUGGACUUUUGACUUCACUAUGCCUUCUUGUCCUUUCGGUUGUUGCUGAUUAUUACAGCUAUGGUAGAUGGACAUCAUCCGUGUUCAAUCUUCUAAAAUAUAAUGUGCUUGGUGGUGGUGAGAGUCACUUGUAUGGAACAGAGGGGACCACAUUCUACUUCAGGAAUGCAUUCAAUAACUUCAAUUUCGCAUUUGUUUUGGCUCUGCUAUUCGUGGGGGUUGCACUAUCUGCAAGGAAGAACUAUGCCCCAGAUCUGUUGAUAGUUGUCUCUCCUGUCUACAUUUGGUUGGCUUUCAUGUCUUUGCAGGCGCAUAAAGAAGAAAGGUUUCUCUAUCCAAUUUAUCCAUUGAUAUGUGUGGCAGCAGCUUCUGUUAUUGACAGCUUUCCUUAUUUUUUCCACGACAAAUAUGCAAAUGAGCAGUCAAUUUUUGAGAAGAUAGCGAAGGGUCUGCGGCCUUUGAUCCUAGGCUUUAUUUUGUGCACCUCACACAGCCGAACAUUUUCUAUGUUGAAUGGAUAUGGUGCUCCUCUGCAGAUCUAUCGGCAUCUAGAAUAUCAUGAAGAUACUGGGCCUGGGUCUAUUCUGUGUGUUGGAAGUGAGUGGCACCGCUAUCCUUCAUCAUUCUUCGUACCCUCCUAUAUCAGCGAAGUUCGCUGGAUAGACGACGGUUUCCGAGGCCUUCUCCCAUUUCCCUUCAACGAAACUCUGGGAGGCACCACUGCUGCUCCAUCUUAUUUCAAUACCAAGAACAAGGCCUCCGACAAGCAAUACUUGAAGGACAUUGGAGCCUGCAACUUACUGAUGGAACUUGAUCUGAGGCGGCCUUACCCCUCUCGUGGAAAUGACCUGUCAACAUGGGAGACACUGGCAGCGCUACCAUUUCUAGACAGAGAGCUUUCGCCGGCACUAUACCGAUCGUUCUUCAUACCAUACCAAUGGGAGCACAAGAAUGUUUUCGGCCUGUACAAGUUGCUGAGGAGGCUGCCUACUGACCAAGGGCAACUCAAAGCUAACUCAUCGGCAGAUGCCGCAUUUGCUUCUGUGAGCUGAAUCUUAGGUUUAGCCGGACCGAACUGAUUAGCGAAUUUUGUUUCCUAGAUUUUCAUUCUGAUGGGCGUUCCCCCAGUUUGAGAAAUGGGGGCUAUGUUAUGUGUAGGCUUUGUAGACUGGUUCGUUCCAAUCCAACACACGGAGUUGUCCAACUGAAUUCCUUUUCCAGCUCUCCUGACUGAUGAUGCUGUGAGACUAUUAAUGAUAAGAAAAAUCUGUAUGCAGAGCAUUCCUCUAA